AGAGAGAGAGCAGCUUUAAUAGAUGCUGGUGCAGAAAAACCAGCACCACAACAACCUAAACUAGCACCAUGAGUAUGAACUACGCGUCUGCGGCGCCCACGCAGAGGUCCACGUCGUUCUUCAUCGAGGACAUUUUAUUGCACAAACCCAAGCCGCUGCGGGAGGUGAUCCCGUCCCCCUUCUGCAGCUCCCUGGCCUCCAGGAUGCCCAUCCUGGAGUACGGAUACCCGCUGAUGCCCACCCCGAUCCUGGCGCCGCAUCCGCACCACCCUCUGCACAAACCAGAGCACCACCAGUACUUCUUCACCUCCGGGAUGCAGAUGCCGGCUCUGUUCCAGCACCACGCCGACCUGCCGGGGAAACACUGCCGCCGCCGCAAGGCCCGGACCGUCUUCUCCGACUCGCAGCUCUCCGGCCUGGAGAAGAGGUUCGAGAUCCAGCGGUACCUGUCCACCCCGGAGAGGGUGGAGCUGGCCACGGCGCUCAGCCUGUCCGAGACACAGGUGAAAACGUGGUUCCAGAACCGGCGGAUGAAGCACAAGAAGCAGCUGCGGAAGGCGCAGGACGAGCGGAAGACCCCCGGGGAGCUGGAGCGCUCCGGGGGGAACUCCAGCGAGAGCGAGCUGACGGAGAAGAGCGCGGAGGAGGUGAAACAUGGAGGAGGCGGCCUGGAGCCGGACUCCUUCCUGCUGGACGACAACGACGACGACGUGGACAUCGAGGAGGACAUUUGUUCCCCGGACCAUCUACUAUAGUAGGCAGCGGCCUGUCUGUCUGUCCGUGUCUCCCUGGAGACACAUGUCUCUGUUUAUAAUACCAUAUUCAUAUUAUUCAUAUUAUUCAUAUUAUUCAUAUUUAUUCUAUCAUGACGCGCAGAGAGGCGCGAUGGUUUUAACACGCGCCUCUUUCCUCCAUGUAGGCUCUCUGUAGGAGAAUGUCCGUGUUGUUAUGUGUGACGGAACAGAGUUAUUAUCACCAUAUUAUUAUUAUUAUUAUUAUUAUUAUUAUUAUUAU